AUGGAUUCCAUGAUGGUACAUGGUUUUGUUAAAGUAUGGGAAAGGAACAUUGGAAUGUCACAGUCAAAAGAAGCAUUCAUUGAAACAGUGCCAGGAAGGAAAAAACAUAAACUUGUGAUUUAUUUUCGUAAGGAUGAAACGAAAACUUUUCAGCUAAGUGGCAAUAUUGGAAAUGUGGUCCUUAGAACCUAUGAAGAAGAUGAAUAUCACCUACAUUUGACAUUCAAAAAUCACAACUUCAUAUUCAUUGAAAUAGUUUCUUCCUCAGAUGCCCAGCAAUUGAAGUUAUAUCUGGAUAGAGUUCAAACCAAGUUUCCACCACCUGUGAGAGCUAAAAAACGCAAGAGUGUCUGUGUCAGCAAAGCAAUACGGAAUGUAACCAAUAAAGGUUCAGUAUGCAGGGGUUCCAAGAAUUCAGCUUGUGGCUCCUCCAUCUCACGGAAAAUACCUAACGAAUCAACACUCAGUUGCAAACAUUUGUUGGGAAGUCGACAUGGAAAGAGGAAAAGAAUGCUGUCUGAUUUGGAGAUCGAUGAAAAUAGGAAUGACGUGAAACAAAGUAACUCCAGAAGAAAGAGAAAAUCCACAAGAAAUCACUUGACAUGGGCAAAGAAUCGGAAGAAAACAGAGAGUGAGAAAAUGGCACUUGUGACCAGCAGUAUUGAAGCCCUUUGCCUAAAGGGCAGUGAGAUUCUUGAAAGUCUGACUCAGGAAAUGCUUAUGGCAUUUAGGUUGAGACAAAAGUAUAGUGACUUUUUCCCAGGUUGGGAUAAAUUUGAGAUAUCCUUUAAUUUUUACCCAGCAAAAAUGUGGCAAGGCCUCCCCAAUUUGGGAAACACCUGCUAUAUGAAUGCAGUUUUACAGUCCUUGUUUGCAAUUCCAUCAUUUACUGAUGACUUAGUCAAUCAGCGUUUCCCAUGGGGUAGAGUUCCACUUAAUGGUCUUAGCAUGUUCUUGGCACAGCUGCUCAUUUUGAAAGAUAUUUAUAAUGUAAAAGUUAAGCAGAAGUUGCUUGCAAAUAUUAAGAAAACGAUUUCAACACUUUCAGAGCUAUUCUCUGGUGACCUACAAAAUGAUGCUCAUGAGUUUCUAGGCCUUUGUUUAGAAGAGAUUAAGGAUAACGUAGUGAAGUUAAACAUGAUGAACAUGAAUAAAAAUGAAUCUGGGGAAGGAAAUUUAUCGCAGGAUGCCUUUUCUGAUGACACUGCCAGUACAUUCCUUGCUUGUCCUGUCACCAACAAUUUUGAAUCGGAGCUGUUGCGCUCUAUUAUCUGUAAAACGUGUGGCCAUUUUGUUAUGAAGACAGAACCAAGUAAUUAUCUUUCCAUCAAUCUUCCUCAAAGCAAGAGAGCAUUUUCUGUAUCCAUUCAGUCUGCUUUGAAUUUUUUCUUUGCACCAGAGAAUAUUGACUACAAAUGUGAGAAGUGCAAGCACAGGGGAUCCGUUGCAUUUCAUAAAUUCAGUAGGCUACCCAGAGUCCUAAUUGUUCAUCUGAAACGCUAUAGCUUUACUGACUAUUGGUCAAUAACAAAGGAUGACCAGGAAGUCAUUAUUUCCAGGCAGUUAACGUUAUCUUCUUAUUGCAAUAAAAACACCAAACCACCUCUUCCCUUGAGCAAGCAUACACAUAUUAGAGAUUUACAAAUCUUAAAAAUUUUUCAAACGAUUAAUUCUAGAAUAAUCAACUCAUCACCUUCAAAGCAUUUGACAGCAAAACUGAAAAAGUCUCUGGAUUUGCACAUCACAACAGACAAGGGGUCUAAAAAUUAUGGGGGAGCUUUUAAAACGUCAAAAAGAAGAAAGAAGCAAAAAGACCUUGGAAAAGAGUCUAAAUCGAAUAAAGUAGAAUUGGAAUUGGUACAUUCAGAAGACAAGACAUCUUCUGAAAAAGCAUUGUUAGCUGAUCCAGUGAAGCCUCGGAAAGACGCCUCCCUUUCGCUGAAUUUUACCAGUAGAGUUAAGCACAUCUUAAACCCAGUUGUAUGUCUUGGACCUUGUAUUAAAGAACUACCAGAAAAUCAAAAGCUACAGAAACAUGAGAAAACCAGUAUGUCUGGGAAAUUAGGUUCUGAUCGUAUCACCAAGACUUCAGGACAUUUUGAUGAAGAUUAUAAAAAUGGAAUUCAAGAGGGAUCCUCCACAAUGACCAAACGGAUCCUGAAUUGUGAUGAGUUGAGAUGCUGUAAUCAAGCCUUUCAACUGGUGCAUCCUUCAAUCCUUGAACAUGCAAAAACCCGGAGGCAAACCGAGAUGUACACAAGAUACACCAAUUGCAGUUUUCAGGAGGUUAGUACCACUUCUGCAAGUGAAUUGGCUUCCCGUAAGAACCCUGGGCAAGCUGUUUUAGGUGGGAAGACAGAAUCUAAAGUUCAGAAAGCAGAAAGAAAUAUUGCAAAAGGAGAUCACACCUAUCGUCUCAUUGGUGUUAUCAGCCAUGUUGGGAUGUCCCCAGAUUCAGGUCAUUAUAUCAGUGAUGCUUAUGACUUUGAGAAGCAAGCCUGGUUCUGUUACAAUGAUCUGGAUGUGGAAAAUAUCCAUGAGGACCUGAUGCUGAAGUCUAGAGCUUGCACUGGAUAUGUCUUGUUUUACAUGCAUAAUGAUAUCUUUGAAGAAUUGUUGAAAAGAGAGGCCCCCCAACCUCCUGCCACUGAGGCAAAAGAGCCUUCCCCAGAACUAAGGGGAACAGACAUCCCCCUGUUAAACAAAUCUGCUUGA